GUACAUCAUGGUUGUGGUUUAGAAGUUAUGACCCUUGUAACAUUUUCAGUCAAAUGUUUGAAAGAAAAUCGUAAUUUAGAGAGACUUACUACAAGUAAAUGAGCACCGACUUCUGUACCAUACCAUCAAUUGUACAGAGCGCCAGGGAUGGCGACAUUGAACAGGUGUAUGAACUGUUACAGAACGGAGCAGACGUGAAUUCCGUCAAUUAUCUGGGGCAGACGGCCUUACAUAUGGCGGCAACGGCUGGAAAUGAAAAUCUUGCUGGGGUUCUAAUAGAAUCGGGCGCAGAGUUAGAGGUCACGGACAGGAAAGGUCAAACUGCACUGCACAAAGCUGUCUUCAAUCUCCACAUCGGCACAGCGAGUCUCCUGCUAAAGAAAGGCGCGGAUCCAGAAGGGAGUCCAAAAAAUCUCCACACCCCUCUCCACAUUGCAGUCAUGCAUAAGAAUGUGGACCUUUUACAGCUUUUACUGGAAUACAAUGCGAACACCACCGUGUACUUCAGCAAGGACCGACCCUGCGCAGUGGACUUCCUGCUUUCUACUUCCAUAGACAAUCGUGUGUGUUUUGACAUGAUAAAAUCUCUGUUACAACAUGGCUGCGACAUUGACUAUAACCAUGUGACAUGUCAGACAAUGACGAUGUCGCCUCUUUUUGCUUGUAUCUUCUAUCUGAAGUCGGCGGCCAUAUUGGUUAUGCUGUACGAGUUUGGCUGUGGGAGGUGGAAGUUUAACUGGAGAGAUGACCGCCUGUACGACAGGAGGGAGGACAAGGAGUUCCUGAAGGAAUUUGUUCAACAGAAAGCUGCCUCCCCUCGCUCUUUGAUGUCUGCUUGCCGAGUGUUCGUGUACCAACGUCUCCAAAAGAAACCCCUCCUUUAUGUAAAUCGUCUUCCUCUGCCACAAACAAUGAAAAACUAUCUAGCAUUCAAUGACGUGGUUUAUUUUUGAGGAAAUGUAUUGCAAAAGCAUCUGUGAUUCAGAAUCCACUGCUAAUAGCCAUAGUUAUAGUUAUGGGAGAUGUCUUUGGGCUUCCAUUAUGCAGGAAUGUUUUUUGUUUUAGGUGUGAUCGUUUUAUAUUGAUUUCGUGUCAGUAUGCUGUCUGAAAUGUAUACUUAUAUUUAUAGAUGCAUUUAGGCAAUAAAUAUUUCUGCCCAGUUUAA